GGCAAAACGCUUUUUGCUGCACACUCAUUAGGAGAGAUGGCGAGACAGCAGGAGGAGAGAGUGCCGCUGCUGAGCGACGAGGAGCUCCCAGAAGACGACCUAGGAGGCAUUCAGGUCUCCAUAUCACGUGCGAGAGAUGGACGGCGGGCGCCCCACGGCACCUCGUUUCCAUCUACCUCUGCUGAGCUGACUAGUGGUGGGUCAGGUCUCUCGGGUGGGGAGGAGAGAGAGGAGGGACAGACGGUGGGGCGGAGGAGAAAGCACUACUCUGGAAAUGAGAUGAUAGUGUCUGUCUUUGUGGUCCAGUUCAACAUCAGGAAAGGCAACGAGGUGGAAUGGAGACACCCAGAGGAGGUCAACCUGGAGGGAAUAGAGUUCAAAUGCAUCGCCAGCGGAUCUCACAACAUUCCAAAGGAUUUCAUCUACUUCAAGCAGGGGCAGCUGUUUGGUCUGAGCUGUUUCGAGAAGAUCAAAGUCCAGAGUGAGGAGGAGAGGGGAGUGAGGAUGAAGAGCGUGGGUCUCCUGGCCGUGGGCUAUCAGGAUCUCCAUCUCCACCAACAGUUCUUGGAGCGACAGGCCAGGGGUCAUGUGGAGACUCCAGGACACUAUGGCUCCCUGGAAGAGUAUUUCACCCACUACCGGUCCCCACGCCAUUCCAGCAACUCAGUCCCCAGACCACUCCUCAACGGAGACCAGGAGAACAGCUUGAACCAAUCUUCAACCUCUGAGGUGGUUCAUCCUGUGGGGGCCAUUCCCAAGUACCUGGAGUACUUCGGUCCCCACAUCUUUGUUCUCUGGAAACUGGCUCUGCUGAAGAAGAGAAUCCUAAUCUUUUCUCCUCCUCCGAUUGGAGUCGUCUGCUACAGAGUGUACUGCACGUGUCUGCUGACAGACCACAGUCUGGGAGGUGACCUGGACCUGGACUGCAACCCCAUGUUCUACGUCAACGUCAACGACAUUGACUCUCUGCGGAGUACCAGGCACUACGUGGCUUGCACAUCAGAGCAAAUUCUGCAGUCAAAAACAGAGUUGUAUGACGUAUUUGUAGAUCAGCAACGACUAGUGACCCACCUCGCCUCCCUGGACCACCUCCUACGUAUCACUCCUGCCGACAAGGAGAGAUACGACCUCCUCAACAGUAUCAGGUCCAACGACCUCAUAACAUCUGGAGGCAGAGGGAAUGUUCGGAACGAUGACUUUGGAUUUGUAGCGUUCUUCAGAGAGCUAAACAGCCAACUCCUGCGGACGAUGCUGGAUGCUCAGGAGAGAGAGGAUCACCUCCUGACUGUGGAGAUGGUGGAGAGUGUCGGACUGGACCCCACCAGAGACAGACAGUUCCUCACUGAGCUGGCCUCUCUUCUCAGUCUGAACCUCAACGUCCAGAGACCCACGGACAUGAUGGACAUCUUCUCUUGCUGUUGCUGAUUCUCUCUCUUCCUCUCUCGUCUCCUAUCUCUCGUUGUUUGUCAACAGUCAUCUUUGUAUCAUAAUGCUCAGUGUCUGGAUUAAUUUAUGAAAUGGCGCACAUGAAACAAGUUUUUUGUGCAUCAAUUUCUGUGAAGAAACACCAUGAUUUCAUCAUUUUGCAAACCCAAUA